UUGCCCCCGAGAAUUGAUUUCUAGGCAGUGUCCAGUACUGCGUGCAGUGUCUCAUAGGUGAGAACUCGUGUAAAUAGUCAAAGGGAAUGGAGGAAAAUCGGGAACGUAGCAACGCAGCGACCAAAAGCAUGGAUCUGCUCGGUUUAACCUUCCAGUCUCUGGAUUUCAGGGACAGUAAACCUCAAGAAGACGAUUUCCUUGACUUGGAAAACCAAGGAUGCGAGGAGUCUUCCAAACAGUCUAAGAAGAAACCAUGGGAAAAAUCUGAGGAAGACUUGACAUCGUGUACCAAGACCGAAAACCAACAUCUAAACAAACAACUGAGGAUAAUUAGCUUGGACGAAGUGGCGUGGCAUGACACUGCUAACAAUUGCUGGAUCGUGAUACACGAUUUUGUUUACGACUGCACGGAGUUGUUGAAGAACCAUCCUGGUGGAUCAGACGUGAUUCUUGAAUACGCUGGCAGAGACGCGACUUUGGCGUUCAUUGGCACUGGACACUCUUCUAUGGCGAGGCAGAGCUUAGAGAGAUACCUCAUUGGUGAACUUCCGCUCGAAGAAAGAAUCUUUCGUGUAUCCAACGGGGUCAAAGUUGCUGGAUUCUAAUGUAUAAUUACGUUUGAUAUUCUAUUUGUUAGAUGAUGUUUGUUCAAAGACACGUUAUAAGUAUAUAUCGUGUUUUGUGUGUGUGUGUGUGUGAAGAUUUCGAAAUUGUGAAAUUUGACCUAACAUUAAUCAUUAAUACAGUAUGGAGGUUCUGGAAUUGUAAACCGCGAUAAUUACGCGAUUAGACGUAAAGAUCAAAGACCAAGGCUAAUUUCAUUUUUCUCGAUGUUCUUAGUCUUACGACGAAUCUUUCCCGUACGCUGCCGUCCUUUUAUGCAUCACGAUUAACCACCUGUAUUAAGUUCCUACGUUCUCUUUUUACGGUGAUAGAAUAAAGAAAUUUUAUAAGGUCGUUCCUUAAAUCGAAAGAAACGUAUCUUUAAUGUUAAUGCUUUACCAUCUUUUACUUAACUUGCGAAUAUAAGCACAAGCACAUCGCUAUAUUUGUAAAAUAGAUAUAUUACGAACUCAAUAUCUCGUUGCAUAAUAGUAGUGGAAGAUGAAACGUUUAAAUGUUAUAAAUUCUACGAAUUUCUAUUCUUUCUGUUUAUAAUGUAGGAUUUGAAAAUAUAUUUAUUAUAGUUCAAAGCACUCUAAAUGUAGAAUGACUUUCAACUUGUUAUUUCAGGCAUUAAACUGGAUGCAGUUGAAUUUAGUAUAAAAUCCCUAUAUUUAUAUGAUGAUAAUAUAAAAAUAUUACCUACGUUCGAUCAAAAGGAAAUUCAAAUAUAAACUGUAAAAUUUAAUUUAUAAAUAGAAUAUAAAUUAUAAAAUAUUGAAUAAGCUAUAGAAUAUAACGUAUGAAAAUAUAAA